CUGACCGUGUCAAUUGAUCGAUAUCUGAUGCCGAUGCGCGCAUAUUUCGCGCAAUGAAGCGCAAUUAUUCCGGGGCGCCUAUUAUGUCGACUUACCGGGCAUCUCGGCUGCCAGUUUCGUGCCGCCCUUGCCGCGAGAAGAAGCGGCGCUGUGAUCGCAAUCAACCUUGUUCGAAUUGUACCCAGCGGCGCCUCACAUGCGUUUACGAGAAUGGCAGUCGAGCAACUAACCCUUUGGAGACUGAUACAUUACCGGAGCGGAACCCCGGCGAGGCUUCAGUCGACCCGAACGGAAGCACCUUGGCCUUCUCUCCUCUUAGACAGUUGGACCUAAACAAGGAAAUGCUUGACAGGCUAACUAAACUAGAAAAAGCUGUCUUCCCAAAUGGAGCUCAAGUAUCACAGCUUACCCAACCAGAACCAACUUCCUCCCACCACAAGCCGUUCAAUUGCCACAAUGAGACUCCCUCAAGCGACAAAAAUGCUUCUAUCAAUGCGCGCUUAAACCAUUUGACGUCGAAUCUUCCGCCUGCCCAUCAAGCACAUCUGCUAUGUGAACACUUUGUUGACACCAUCCAGCCUACAUUCGGUGUCCUGCAUGUACCAUCGACUAGAUCACUCGUUUGUAGCUCCGUGGACUCUGACAAAGAAGUUCCAAAGAUUGACGAGUUGCUCUUGCUUUUCAGUAUCUUUGCUGGUGCGGCCUUGGCCUGGACAGAUGAACUUCUUCAUAGGCUUGAAGCAACAAAAGAGAACGCCGUGUCGGCCUUCGACUGUUAUUUUCACUCUGCUCUGUCGAUUAUUGAAGAACCUUGCACACCACUACCGCCCUCGGUCACAGCUGUCUCAGCGAUAUCUACCCUUGCACAUGUGGCUAUCAACUCCGAUGAUGUCGUUCCGGCCAAGGCAUUGGAUCUUAGAAGUCGGUGCUACAAUAUGUGCCGCGAAAUGAUGAUCCAUCGCUUAGACAGCCCGGCAGCACAGAAAGAGCGAGUCGUAAGCCCGGCCAACAAUAUUGACUUGGAGGUUCAGAGACGUGUAUGGUGGAACAUGGUUGCUUCUGACUGGUUGACUUCGUUCUCUGGGAGCUCCCAGGAGGGUAUCUAUACAUUCAUCCCGAGACUGCUGAGAGUCAAACAACCGCGUAACGUCGACGACGUUGCGCUCACGAUUUCAGGCGACAUACCCGAUUUACCUAUCUCCGUUCCAACAGACAUGACAUUCUUCUUUCUGCGACUCAGAACGGCAGAAAUAUCUCGCGAGAUUAUCGAUACGAUCACACCCCUGGCCGACGACACCCCCGAAGAAGACUACGAAGUCAUUCUUCAGCUUGAUAGAAAACUGCAAAAUUUUAUCAAGGGUCUUCCUGAUUUUUGCAAGCUCGACCCGGAGAGUAUGCAGAAGUCCAAAGAGAUCUGCGAAUUGAGACCGUUCAUCUACUGGCAGCGAAUAAGUCUUCACCUCGGCAUCCAUGCACGCAUUUGUCGACUUCAUCGUCCUUAUCACCUCGCAGCCUACUCAGAUCUUCGAUAUUCUUACUCUCGAACCACAAUCCUCACAUCAGCAUACAAGAUUCUUGAACUCAGACGCAUGAUGGACGACCCGGUUGCCAAGCUUCACUUUAGACCUGAGAGGUAUUUGGUAAUCUUCUUGCACGUCACCUCAGCCGCUGUAGCGUUGGCAGUCGACCUGUCUCACAACCCUGAUGCCCCCGACGCGGAAGCCAUAAAGGAAAAGGUUAAGGGCGCGUACGAGACGCUGAACAAAUCGAGGAAGAACGCGGAGAGUUUGAUCAGAGGUAUCGAGAAGAAUAUGGAACAGGUCAUGGGGACUUUGCAGAAACAGCGCACGAAUGCGAUGAAAUCAGCUUCGCCAGCUGCGACAUCGAGCGCGAACUUGGAUUCGGUUCCUGAAAGUGCUUUCACAGACAUGAAUGAUAUUACAGUGGGCAUGCAGGAAGACGGUUUCGGGGACGAACAUUCGCACCAGCUCUGGUCAGACUUUUUGGCUGCUGUCCCUGACCUUGAAGAGUUUCAGUGGACUUCUCUUCUGCAAGACCUCGACUUUGAUCCUAGCAACUUCAGUUAA